AACGGAGUGGACACGCCGCACCGCUGCUUCUAUCGUGUGAGUCCGGCCGACAUGCAACUGAUUUCUGGAUGAUUCUCUGCUGCUCCGCGAUGAGUUGACGGGGGAGGAGGAAACGUUGCCCGAUUAAGUUUUCAUUAAAAUGAGAGAAAUCUGUCUGCCAGCAGCAGAGAGCAGAGAACCAGCCUUGGAGGAAAGCUAACCCACGAAUGGCCUGCCAGUCUGUCGCUGCAAUCAUGGACGAGCAGGCCCUGCUGGGGCUCAACCCGAACGCCGACGCCCGCUACAGGCAGAGGGCCAUGGCAUACUUUGAGCAGCUGAAGGAGUCUCAGGACGCCUGGGAGGUUUGUGCAGAGGCCCUCGCUAAAGGGAUUUACAAUGAUGACCAUGUGAAGUUCUUCUGCUUCCAAGUUUUGGAACAUCAGAUCAAGUUCAGACAUGCUGGACUGAGUGCAGUUCAGCAGCAGCUCAUCAGAGAGACUCUGAUGAAGUGGCUCCAGUGUCAGCUGAUGAACGCCCAACCUGAGAAGCCGUUCAUCAGGAACAAGGCCGCCCAGGUCUUCGCCCUCACCUUCGUCAUGGAGUAUCUGACUCUGUGGCCCAAAUUCUUCUUCGACAUCCUGUCCCUGGUGGGUCUGAACCCUCACGGUGUCGACAUCUACCUGAGGACACUCAUGGCCAUCGAUGCUGAGGUGGUGGACAGAGACAUCCUCCACUUACCUGACGAGACUCGUAGAAACACCUUGAUCAAAGACCGCAUGCGGGAGCAGUGCAUCCCCAGCCUGGUGGAGUCCUGGUUCCAGAUCCUGCAGACCUACCAGCACUCCCACCCAGAGCUCACCUGUCAGUGUCUGGAGGUGGUCGGAGCGUUCGUGUCAUGGAUCGACCUUAACCUCAUCGCCAACGACCGAUUUGUGAAUCUGCUGCUGAGUCAGAUGUCAGUGGAGGAGCUCAGAGAGGAGGCCUGCGACUGCCUGUUUGAAAUAGUCAACAAAGGGAUGGACCCUGUGGAUAAAACCAAGCUGGUGGAGUCUCUGUGCCAAGUCCUGCAGUCUGCUGGAUUCUUCAACGUGGAACAGGAGGAGGACGUGGACUUCCUGGCCAAGUUCUCGCGGCUGGUGAACGGGAUGGGUCAGAGUCUGGUGCUCAGCUGGACCAAACUGAUCAAGUCCGGUAACGUGAAGGACGGCGCGGAGACGCUGCAGGCCAUAGAGAACAAAGUGCCGCUGCUGCUGCAGCUGCUGGUGCACGAGGACGACGACAUCUCGGCCAACAUCGUCGGCUUCUGCUACGAAUACCUGCACGUCCUCAAACAGCUCCCCCAGCUGACCGACCAGCAGAAAGCAAACGUUGAGGCGGUCAUGCUGGCCGUCAUGAAGAAACUGACAUAUGACGACGAGUACAACUUUGAAAACGAGGGCGAAGACGAGGCGAUGUUCGUGGAGUACAGGAAGCAGCUGAAGAUGCUGCUGGACCGCCUGGCUCAGGUGUCUCCUGAGCUGCUGCUGGAGGCCGUACGGCGGGUCUUCACCAACACCAUGCAGAACUGGCAGACGGCUCCGUUCAUGGAGGUGGAGGUGGCCAUCAGGCUGCUGUACAUGCUGGGUGAAGCCCUGCCUGCAUCUCACGGCGCUCAUUUCUCCGGGGACACGGCGAAGACGAGCGCCCUGCAGGACAUGAUGAGGACGCUGGUGUCCUGCGGCGUGAGCAGCUACCAGCACAGCUCCGUCUCUCUGGAGUUUUUCGAAACAGUUGUCCGAUACGAUAAGUUCUUCAUCGUGGAGCCUCAACACAUCCCCAAUGUUCUGAUGGCGUUUCUGGACCAACGAGGACUGAGACACAACAGCCCAAAGGUCCGCAGCAGAGUGGCCUACCUCUUCUCCAGAUUCAUCAAGACUUUGCAUAAACACAUGAAUGCCUUCAUCGAGGACAUCCUGACCAGGAUCCAGGACCUGCUGGAGCUCGCUCCUCCUGAAAAUGGCUUCCCAGCGCUGCUGACCAGCGACGACCAGCUGUUCAUGUUUGAGACGGCGGGCGUCCUGAUCGUGAACGGAGAGAGUCCGGUGGAGAGGAAGCAGGCGCUGAUGAGGGGCCUGCUGCUGCCGCUGAUGGACGCUUUCCGCCUGCUGCUCGCCAAACUGUCACAGGAGACGGAGGAGGAGAGGCAGGCCGCCCUCGCCGACUGUCUGAGCCACGCUGUCGGGUUUGCCAGUCGCACCAGCAAGGCGUUCAGCAACAAGCAGACGGUGAAGCAGUGCGGCUGCACCGAGGUUUACAGAGACUGUCUGCAGACCUUCCUGCCUGCACUCAGCUGCCCCGUCCAGCGGGGGACGCUGCGCAGCUCCGUUCGCUCCUUCCUGCACCGAAUGAUCAUCUGUAUGGAGGAGGAGGUGCUGCCCUUUAUUCCUGCCGCCUCGGAGCACAUGCUGAAGGACUGCGAGGCCAAAGACCUGCAGGAGUUCAUCCCGCUCAUCAGCCAGAUCACCGCCAAGUUCAAGCGGCAGGUGUCCCCCUUCCUGCAGCAGGUCUUCAUGCCGCUUGUGGUCGCCAUCUUCGAGGUCUUGGCCCGGCCGGCGGAGGAAAACGACCAGGCGGCAGCUCUGGAGAAACAGAUGCUGAGGAGGAGCUACUUCGCCUUCAUCCAGACCAUCACAGGAAGUGGGAUGAACGAGGUCAUGGCCAAUCAGGGAGCAGAAAACAUCGAGCGAGUUGUGUUCACCAUCAUCCAGGGAGCCGUGGACUUCCCCGAUCCCAUCGCGCAGAAAACCUGCUUCAUCAUCCUCUCCAAACUGGUGGAGCUGUGGGGAGGUAAAGACGGCAUGGUGGGAUUCCCUGACUUCAUCUACAAACACAUUGUUCCUGCGUGUUUCCUGGCUCCUCUCAAACCAACCUUUGACCUCUCGGACGCUCAGACAGUCCUGACGCUGUCGGAGUGUGCGCUCACGCUGAAAGUGAUUCAUCUCAAAAGGGGGCCGGAGUUCAUCCAGUUCUUGCAGCAGGAGUAUUUGCCCUCUCUGCAGGUGUCACCUGAAAUCUCACAGGAGCUUUGUCAAGUGCUUCAGCAGCCGGACAUCAAAGUCCUGAAAAACUACAUUAAGGCGUUCUUUCAGCGAGCCAAGCUGUAGGAAAUAAAACUGGAAGUUCGCGUUGGACUGAAAGGACACUCACAGGAAGUGGACGCACUCGCCACUCACACCAACAACAACAAAAAAAGGACCUUAGCAUAGCAGCUGCUUUUGCACUUAAAAAGUGAACGCAUAACAAAAUCUGUCUAAAGUCGGGACAUGGACAGAAGCUCGGCGGACGGAUAAAUCCCUCCUGCCGCUGACGAGACGAGCUGUCCACGAGGACUAAAGGAGCUCGACUGAUGAUCAGACACGUGGAGAUGUUUUGUGGCGUCGAGUGGAAAGGGCUUUUAGAGGUAAACACGGAUCUGUGGGAGAGGACGCGGCCUGUCCGGGAAACAUUUGGUAAUUAUCCUGAAAACCAUCUGAACACCUGAAACGAAGCUUUACUCGAAGUCAAACCUUCACGUAAGAAACCACAUUUCAAAACUAGAGUUGAGGUUUAUUUGGAUGUUGCCACAGAAUGGACAGAAAAUAAGGGCUGAAUUGUUUUAUUUUAUUAAAAUGUGGCAUUGAGUUCUUUUCUUUUUUUAAUGUGUUGAGGAUUUUAUGUUUGAAGUGAAACGUUCAUACAGCCCAAGUCGAUCUGCCUCUUCCUUCCAGGUUUAGUUCAAAACAGACUUAAUUUUCCCUCAAAUCUUAAUUUAACAUGAAAUAUGAUCUCAACCACUCUUUAUAUUUGUGACCUGAUGGGAUGUAGAUACUCACAUUUCAGCCCCUUCAUGAUGGGUUUGUGUUGAAAUGGAAGACCCGAUGAAGUCCACGGAGUAUUUUUGUUUCCUGGAAAUACGACGAAUAUUUUUCAGAUGGAAAUGGACUUAAAAUGGAGGAACAAAAUGUAAAUAAGAGAAUAAGAUGUUAAAAAGUGUAAAUAAAGUUCCGAGGUCUGUUUUUUUUUUAAUCUUCAUUCCCAUUUGGAAACUAAAUAUGGAAGAUCAUUUCUGCCGGAAAAUGAAAAAAAGGAGUUAAAGUUAGAAAUUGUAAAAAUACUCAUUGAGUCAUAUGUAUGAGACACGACAUCAAAGUUCAUAUACGGCACAUAAUUUUGAUUUUGUAUCGCACAAAUUUGACUUACAGACCGAAUAACAGUGACGUCAUGUCAGCAGCAACAAACACUUCCGGGUAGAAAACUGGCAAUUCAUUACAAUUGUGAAGAAAUGUAAAACUUUCGUUGCAAGCUGUAACUGUGACAUUUAAAGAUAUAUAGUUAAACAUGGUGGUGCGACCUUUGUUAUCAAAUUUGAUAAACCAAAUCUACUGAAGCACACGAGCUAAACAAUAUCCUGCUGUAAACGAUGCAAAACAUGUUCUAUCCAUCUAGAAAAUCAAUAUCUGUGUGAGUGUUCACUACAACUGAAUAUUUCGUCUGCUUUACCUUAUAUACAAACCAAUCGAGGCAGUGAUGGACCAGCAACGCAGUCUUCUGCUUUGUAAAUUGACCGCUUUAGUCGGUGAACUCUGGUGGAUUCGAUAUAACGACUAGGGGUGCGCGAUAUAUAUCAGGACGAUAAUGGGACAUUUUAAUAAUAUGCAUUAUUCUGCUAAUUAAAGUCAUAGCUGAUAAGCGUAGGCCAUUCGACAAUACCCCAGAAAAUGUACCUGUUUUUCACAGCCUAGUUUUGGUAGGUAUGGAAGAGUCUGAACUGUUAGCAGUUAGCGUUAGCAAGUGAUGUCAGUUUGAUUUGGUUCGGUCAGACCUAUGGAAUAAUUAAUCAUUCAUAUUUUCUCACUACAUCUUUGCCUUUCUUAUCCUCAGGUGAUAUAAACUACAGGUUAUACGCUUAUUUUUAAAAUACAAAUAUGCGUAAUUAUCGGUUAUCGAAUCAGUUGAAAAAUCCAUAUCAGUGCAUCCCUAAUAACAACCUCAGUUACUGGUCGGAAAAUAUAAUAUUCUAAAUGUAAAGUACACUUGAACUGAUACUGUUUUUUUUUUUUGUGAGCUUUUUUAGGUGGCUAAAUUAACUUAUUGAGGCAGAGUUUUCUCAACACCAUUUCAUUUUUAAUGUACGUGACGCAGGGGUUUUCUACCCGGAAGUUAUUGUAAAAACACAUUGGGAUUCGGUCUAUUGAGGCGAAAUUGUGACUUCAAAAGUCAUAAUUUUCUGUUCAUAUCAUUUUUCUGAGUUGCUGGUAUUUUUGUUUAUCAUAAUUUUUUAUAUUUUUGACUUUAUAUCUUUUAAGACCACGCAAAUCUCAAUUGUGACUUAAAAAGUUCUUCAAAAGACUAUUUUGACCACAUAAUUUUUACCAAAAAGUCAGAAUAUCUGUGAUAUAUGUAUAUAUAUAUAUAUAUAUAUAUAUAGACUUUAAUAACUCAUAAUUUGAUUCUUAAAAAAGUGAAGUAAGUAAAAAAAAAGUUGUAUUUAAAGGUGUUGACUUGGUCGAAUUGAAAAUUGUGACACAAGUCAAACAUUUUAAUUUGAAAAGUUUUGACUGAUAAUUCAUAAAUCUGACUUUAAAUGUCAUAAUUUUGAUUUAUUAUAUCAUAAAUGUGACUUGUUUAUGAGUAUUUUUAUUUAUCUACACUUUAUCUUUUUUCUUUUCUCGGUGGUGAUGAGCUUCCAUAUGACCACAUGAGCUCAUCGACAGGACUCAUCCAUGUACAGCUCGUGUAAAAACAAAAUGAACUUGCCCGUGUACAGAAGCAGCUCGAUUUAAUUUUGUAUUCAAGCAUUUGUGACAAUUCAGGACGAUCGACUAAUUGAUUAUGCAAACACUUCACUGCGAUCAAUACUGUGAAGGAGCUGUAAGGAAACCAAUCAGUGCGAGACGACGAGAUCCGACUGUAAAAACUCCAAAAACUGUGUCUUAUCAUUUUUUUGCUAUUUUAGCCAUUGACUCUGUACAGACGCUUCUGUUCUUUAAAACCUUUGGAUAUCGUGAUGCCCCGCUUGUUUCUGUCUCGUCAGACAUCUCAGUUACAGGAAAAGAUUUACUGGUUCCACUGUUAAAAACAGUUUGUGACGUUAAGUGCAUUCCUUGUUAUUUGGUUAAUCUGAUUUUACGAUGUUUCUGAGGCUUUAAAUUUCUUCUAUUUCCCCCCAAACUUUGGAGAAAGUGCCUGAAAAUAUUGAGUUUAAUUAUAAGUGACCAAACAGGUGUAAAAAAACAAAGCUAGUUUGGAGUGUUGUUGUUCUACUUUUUUCUAAUUGUCAACAAAUUACACUAAAAUUGAGGCAAAUCACAAUUAUAUAAGUUUAUUUAUUUUUCUUUUUAAGGCUCAGUAAUUUCCUUAAACAGCUGGUCACAGCAUUUUUUUUUCUUCAAAUGUUACUGUAACCGCAGGAAGUAGGGUUUUUGCUGGGGACUGUUUUAAGCAGUGGAUGAAUCCACAUUUGGAUUUAGACAUUAUUUGUUAGCAGUUUGUUUGGCUCUGCACAUGGGUUUUGUUGAUAAUUAGAAAUAUGUAAAAUAUCACUAAACUUAAAUGAAUUUAAUGAUAAAGGAUGAAAUUAAGAGAAGCUCUUGUUCUGAGGGAACACAAACACAAUCUGACAUUAACUUUAAUCUUGACCUUGGAAACAGUAGUUUGACAAAACAAAAUUCAUGUCAAGGUGCCCUACCUGCUAAAACUCCUGACAAAGUUAAUAAGUGGACCUUUACUUGAGACGUUUUCACCAAACACAUUAAGCUAAUGUUACGAAGUUAUGUGGACAUCUCGUAUUAUUUUUGCUAUUUCUUUGGGACUAUUUGGUUUUAUCUCUUUGGUUUUGUAUCGAUAUCAGUUUAGCCUAGCUUAGCACAAAGACUGAAAGUCGGGGGAAACUGCUAGCCUAGCUAAAGGAAUAGUUCAGUAUCUUGGAGAAGUAUCUCAGAAUGAGAUUUUGAAUUGGAUAUCAAUGUAACGUCUGUGGAACUGGAGCCAGGACUUGCUUAGCCUAGCGUAGCUUAGCAUGAAGACUGGAAGUGGGUGGAAACUGCUAGCCGAGCAUCAUCAAUAGAUAUAAAAAUCCAACUUCAAACAACUCCAACGCAGUUUGAUUUAUUGAGCUAGGACUUGGUUAGCUUAGCUUAGUUUAGCAUAAAGACUGGAAGUAGGCGGAAACUGCAAGGCUAACUUCAUCAGUAGAGAUAAUAAUCUAACUUCAAACAACUCCAACACGGUUUGAUUUACUUGUGAAUGCUAUAUGGAGUUAGGACAUGGUUAGCUUAGCUUAGCUUAGCAUAAAGACUGGAAGUGGGCGGAAACUGCAAGGCUAACUUCAUCAGUAGAGAUAAUAAUCUAACUUCAAACAACUCCAACGCAGUUUGAUUUACUUGUGAGUGCUAUAUGGAGUUAGGACAUGGUUAGCUUAGCUUAGCUUAGCAUAAAGACUGGAAGUGGGUGGAAACUGCUAGGCUAACUUCAUCAAUAAAGAUAAAGAUCCAACUUCAAACAACUCUAAAGCGGUUUGAUUUACAUGUGAGUUCAAUACAGAGUAAGGACAUGAUCAGCUUAGCUUAAUUUAGCUUAGCUUAAGCUUUACUGUAAAGACUGGAAAUGGGUGGAAAUUGCUAACUUAACUCCAUGAAAUUACUUAAAAAUCCAACUUCAAACAACUCCAAAGCCGUUUGAUUUACAUGCGAGUUCAAUUUGAAGUUAGGACAUGAUUAGCUUAGCUUAGCUUAGCUUAGCUUAGCUUAGGAUUAAGAAUGGAAGCGGUGGAGACUACUAUCUUAGCUCCAUUAAAAGAGAUAGAAAUCCAACUUCAAACAACUCCAACGCGGUUUGAUUUAUUGAGCUAGGACUUGGUUAGCUUAGCUUAGCUUAGCUUAGUUUAGCAUAAAGACUGGAAGUGGGUGGAAACUGCUAACGUAGUUUUAUUUUAAGAGAUAAAAAUCCACCUUCAAACAGUUCUGUUUGAUUUACAGGUUGUGUUUAGUACGUAGUUAGGAGAGGCUUAGCUUAGCUUAAUUUAGCAUAGCUUGAGAGUUUAAGAGUUUAAAAACAGGUCACUAAUAAGUUCUUUAUGCCCCAUUUUUGUAGUUGUCGUUUGUUUAAUUUUUACACAAACAGAAAUGUAAAAGCACAGUGUGAGGGUUUAGGGUGACAGCUGGAACCAUUUUGUGCUAAGCUAAGCUAAGCUAACUACAUCCUGACUCUCAUCCUGACAGCAGAUUGAUAUGCAUCUGAACAACAAAGGUAUAUUAUUAUUGUUGUUCUAUUAUAUUUACUUAACGCUAUAAUAUUUUUCCCAAAUCUUGAACUAUUCCUUCUAACGUCUCGAGUUUUGGCUCAGUUUGGACUCCGUACGAAUGAUAAUCUGUAACAACACUAAAGCACCGACACACACUGGGCUCAGGAUCAGCACUUCCCCCGCACUUAAUUCACCUGUUAACUCCUAUAAAUCAACUUGAACGACAGGCGUCCCCUCACAAACACCUGAAGUGGUAUUUUAUUGUGAUUGUGUUCCUCAUCGUACCGUCGUAGUAUUCACUCAGACACUAGAAGUCUUUUUCCUCAGUAAACCCACUAAAGUAGAAUCCGCUGUUUUUCAAAGGACGUGUUGAAUGAAAUAAAAGUUAUUGAUGAAUUCUCAGAUGGUUACCGCCUGGUUUUAUUUUAUCUUCAGCAGACCGAGGGGAGAAACUGAGGUCUGAGAGAAACUUUGCCAGAUUGAUGACUUUGUUCAUUGAUGGUGAAACGUGUUGAUCUUGAUUUUAUUUUUUCAUAUGGAGAUAAACCUUCUGUUAGAACAUCUGUUAGAACCAAUAAAGUGUUUACUAAUCAUGAGA